GUUUGGUGACAUGGAGGAAUACAAGGUGACUCUGGAAGGGCCAGCCCCCUGGGGCUUCCGACUACAAGGAGGCAAGGAUUUUAACAUGCCCCUCUCCAUCUCCCGGCUCACGCCAGGAGGAAAGGCAGAGCUGGCUGGAGUUAAUGUGGGGGAUUGGUUGCUUCAAAUUGAGGGUGACAGCACAACAUCAAUGACCCAUAUUGAAGCCCAGAACAAGAUCAGAGCCAGCAGCAACAAACUGGGCCUUGUCCUGAGCAGAUUUGCUGUAGGUGUGAACCAGGCCAAGGGUGUGCACACUCCUGAAUCCCAAGGCCGGAAGUAUAACUUUGCACCCUCUACUGCUCUCAACAAAAUUGCCCGACCGUUUGGUACAGGGACACCACCCCCAGACAACUCCCGGCCUGGUCAGCUCACCAAGCCAGUGGCUUACAAUCCUCCUCCAACUUCUUAUACUACCAGCCAAACAGCACAAGGCCAGCUGCAGAACGGGGAAAAGUUCAUCACAGAACUGCAGAGCCCCCGAUACACCCGCUUGCGAGACUGGCACCACGAGAGAUCAGCCUGCUCCCUGAAUGUGAAGCCCUGAGCGGCAGUGAGGAGAGGGCGCAGGGGAAAGUUGGGAAAUAUGUUUGGGAAAAGUCAGGCGAGCUGUUCCCCACAUGCUUUCUGUUCUACUGAUAAGCCAUGUCACAUAGAUACCAGUACUCCAUCUACUUUCUCUGAGUAACUAAGGGGUGUGAACAUUGCAGCACCCCCAGCUGUAUGUCCCAUCAUGCUUUGGUGCCUGGAGAUGCAGUGGCAAGCUCUAGUAGGUGGUGUGCGCACAGCUAGCUCUGACUCAUCUCCUACUUUCCCUACAAUAUUCUUCAUGUCAAAGUCUUUCCCGUAAUUGUCUCCCCUCCCUUGUGACAACAGCAAAAUCUGGAAACUCCUGGGAUCCUCUCUCCUAUUGUGUAGAACUAUAUGAUUUAUUUAGUGUACUCACCAUGCUGUUCAGAGAUCAGCAAAUAUGAAUGAUUCACUUUGGUGUAGAUUGUAGUUUAAUUAAAUCACAUCUCUUCCCUUUUUCAUCCCAUAUGCCACUCUCACUAGUCCCAAUGGUUUGGAGCAAGUGAUAAACUUUUCUAGCAAGUGAUAACCAUGUCUGGUCGGGCUGGUGACAUUGCACUGCCUCCCUGCCCCCGUAUCUGUCAUGUGCCAUUAUGGGGAAUAUGCUGUUAUGUGUUUGUGGCAGGUAGAUGCCCUGACUUCCAUUUAACUGAAGGAAAGAUGGGGGGAAAAAAGGAUACAUUUCAAUAAACAUGUAUUUUUGUUUGUUG